CACUCCCUUCCUCUCAGGGCUUUAAUGUUUACUUUGCAGUCAUUACCGGUUGAGGGGGAAGGGGACUCUCUUGUUACAGAUUAAGGGGAGGGAGCCUACUUCACUUUCCAAAUUGACACGGUCCAGCCUUCGUCAAUUUCCACCUCCAAUUCCCACACUCUACAUCUCUCAUCCAAAAUACAAGUGGAACAGGGUCCAUUACUCAGUAGUUCAUUCUUUGUGGGGUUUUGAAUAACCUCAUAGUAGGGAGUAUCUAGUAGAGAGGCACAUAGUAGAGUGUGACCUGUUAUGGUUUGUAGGCCCCUGUGGGAAAAUGUGUAACCAGGAUGGUGACACCCCAAGGGUCAGUGAUCAGACUAGGAAGUCUACAGGGAAAGUUCUCUGAAUUCAAGAAUACCAUUUUGAAGUUGGGGGCCUGCUGCCACCUCAAAGGUUAAGGAUUCAUCACUCACUGCAAUUCAGUAUUUUACAUCAUGUAGAAGUGAUUCAUUCGCAACUUCCAUACGAGUUUAAAACUUAAAAUGAUAAGCACAGACUUUCUCUUGGAGCCUGUGGUUUUAAGGAUAGGAAGACUUUUCAAGAAAUGUUACUUUAACCAUGCGUUGGCGAAUUUCUAUUCUGAAUAAACAUCCAGAUCCUUUGUUUCACUUUCAUUUCCUACAAAUACACCAAAGCAGCCUUCCAUUUCUUUUGUCAUUAAGAUAAGACAGUUGAUCUACCCACCUCAUUUUCCACCCAAAUUCAUUUCAUAAGAUGUACCAGUUCUCAGUUACCCCAAACACCCAGUUCCACUGGGUUUUCUUUAACCACUGAAGAAAUUGUGGGCCGUGUCUGAGUCACACACAUUUUACUGCGUCUUUCUGGCGUUAGAUUCAUAUACAUUGGUGUCUUCUCAGAGUGAAGUUGACUCUCUCUCUAUCCUGGUUCCAGAAUUUCGGUUGGCACCCGGUGAUUCCAAAACGGCUUGAGGUUCAUUUGGAUUGGCUCUAGUAAUCGCAGCCCAGCCAGGUUCACUCUGAGAGGUCCCCUGUCCCCUCAUGAAUGGCCACAGAAGCUUUGGCUCUUGGCUCUGCAUUCUAAUAGCCCCUCUUGCAUGGACUGUGCCAAAGCAGCGCUUUGAAAUACGCGUCCGUACCAUGUGGCUUUUCUUGCUGCCGUUUCUGUUCUUUUUUAUUGUAGGCUCGGGAGACUCACCACUAGAAGAUGAUGAAAUCGAAUAUUCACACGCUAGAUACAAAGACACCCCGUGGUGCUCCCCCAUCAAGGUGAAAUAUGGGGAUGUGUACUGCAGGGCCCCUCAAGGAGGAUACUACAAAACAGCCCUGGGAACGAGGUGUGACAUUCGCUGCCAGAAGGGCUACGAGCUGCACGGCUCUUCCCAGCUGAUCUGCCAGUCCAACAAACGGUGGUCCCACAAGGUCAUCUGCAAACAAAAACGAUGUCCUACCCUUGCCAUGCCGGCAAAUGGAGGGUUUAAGUGCGUAGACGGUGCCUACUUUAACUCCCGAUGUGAGUAUUACUGCUCACCAGGAUACACCUUGAAAGGGGAGCAGACAGUUACAUGUAUGGACAAUAAGGCCUGGAGCGGCAGACCAGCCUCCUGUGUUGAUCUGGAACCUCCUAGAAUUAAGUGCCCAAGUGUGAAGGAACGCAUUGCCGAACCGAAUAAACUGACAGUCCGGGUGUCCUGGGAGACCCCCGAGGGGAGAGACACAGCAGACGGCAUUCUGACUGAUGUUAUUCUAAAAGGCCUCCCCCCAGGCUCAAAUUUUCCAGAAGGAGACCACAAGAUCCAGUACACAGUCUACGACAGAGCUGAGAACAAGGGCACUUGCAAAUUUCGGGUUAAAGUAAGAGUCAGGCGCUGUGGCAAACUCAACGUCCCGGAGUACGGUUACAUGAAAUGUUCCAGCGACGGCGACAAUUAUGGGGCCACCUGUGAGUUCUCCUGCAUUGGUGGCUAUGAGCUCCAGGGUAGCCCUGCCCGAGUGUGUCAGUCUAACCUGGCUUGGUCUGGCACAGAGCCUACCUGUGCAGCCAUGAAUGUCAACGUGGGUGUCAGAACAGCAGCUGCACUUCUGGAUCAGUUUUAUGAGAAAAGGAGACUUCUCAUUGUGUCCACACCCACAGCCCGAAACCUCCUCUAUCGACUGCAGCUGGGACUGCUGCAGCAAGCACAGUGCAGCCUGGAUCUUCGGCACAUCACCGUGGUGGAGCUGGUGGGCGUGUUCCCGACCCUCAUCGGGAGGAUCGGAGCAAAGAUUAUGCCCCCGGCCCUAGCUCUGCAGCUCAGGCUGUUGCUGCGAAUCCCACUCUAUUCCUUCAGCAUGGUGCUAGUGGAUAAGCAUGGCAUGGACAAGGAGCGCUACGUCUCCCUGGUGACGCCUGUGGCCCUCUUCAACCUGAUUGACACUUUCCCCUUGAGAAAAGAGGAGAUGGUCCUGCAAGCCGAAAUGGGCCAGACCUGUAACAACUGAUGUGAUAGUUUCUCUCUUGGCAAUUUCUCGUCUCUCUUCAUAAUGCUAUGCACACAGGGAAGGCCUUAAAAAUAUCCUUGAUGUACAGAUUUUUAUUUGUAAUUUUUAAAGUCUAUUUUAUUAUGAGCUUUCUUUGCCCUUAAAAAUUAGCAUGAUGCUUUUUUAGUUUGAAGUGUUUCAAAAUUAUAUGAAUAUGCUAUUUACUCUUUCUAACUCUCUUUACUCUACCAAGGCUGGUUAAUUUUGUAGAGAAACUAGAGACCACAGCCAUACACAUAUUUUCAACAUGUUAUUCAGUGUAAUACACAGCUCUCUUAUAUUUUGUUGUUUAUA